AAGUGACCACCAAUUUGGUAUCAACAGCGAGUGAGCAACAUGCCGCUGCUACAGACGCUCCGCAAGACGGCGAGCCAUGGGCUGCGUAUGGCUCCUCGCAGCUCCGCGCUGUACUCGACAGAGCGUGUGUUUCCCAAUUUCUCGGUGUACGGCAGCGACUCAGCCUUUCAGGUGGCUCCCAGCGCCCCACAGUACACUAACGGUGGCAGUUACUUGAAGACCAAGCGUGUGGUGAGUAAAUCAAUGACUUUUAAGGCUUAAUACCAGUAAAAUGGAAGAGCUAUAGUGCUAAAUGAGAUUCUAUACAGGGAGCUAUCAUGCUGUCGUGGGCCAAAGCCACCAACUCAGGCUACAAUUACCAGAACAAGACGUUCUUCUCGCUGAGUCCAUCGGAGGUGGGCCUGGUACUGGAGCUGCUGGAUUCACGUAUCCCGGAGCUGUCGCUUACGCACUCGCCAAACAUGAACGCGUCUGAGGGGGACAAGAACACCAAGUCGCUGCACAUUUCUCGCUCGUCGGGAUCGGAUGGAAACCCGUUGAUUCUCAUCAAGGUCAACCACGAGGGCGAGUCUGUGGCCACGCUUAAUGUCGGAGAGGCGCGUGUCUUCAAGGAGCUGCUGACCUACUCGCUUCCUCGGCUUCUUGGCUACCAUUCAGUGCUGGAAGGACCUCUGAACGUCGAGGGCGGAACCAACGGUGGCUUCUCCCAGGGUGGUGGCAAUUCGUACGCGUCCGGACCCAACAGUGGAUACCAUGGCUCAAACAACAAGCCUGCUGGCGACUGGCCCUUUUAACGCUUCGGUGAUCACAGCAGUGUAAACGCAUCUUCUAUCGGCUAUGCUUGAGCUGUGGCUUUUGCUGAGAAAGUAUUAAAUACUUGCCACGAAUUGAGAACAGCUACCGACACAACAAAGCUUUCUUAGGAACUUGUGCUAGUUAUUGAUGUUAUUGUAUAAAUUUGUUCUACACGUAAAUAUGGAGAACAACUAUGAGGUUUGAAGACAUUC